AUUUUUUAUUGGGUUUGAAGGUCAACUGGUAUAAAGAAAUGAAAAAGCAAAUUUUUAUCAGUUUCCAAAUGAAUAUCAUAUUUCACUGCUUGUGUAGAUUCCAUUACAGUCUCCUGCAGAAGUAGAACAAGAGUUCAUUAAUUUUGUAAGAUAUUUGGUUGUUAAGCAAUAAAAACUGAAAAUGGCGUGUGACAAUCACUGUGAUACAUAUAAGUUAACAAAACAAGAAUUUGAAUAUCUGCUCUCCCCACAACUGGGAUCUGAUUUGAAAGUGUUGGAAUUCAAAAUGCAGGCACUCACUCAGCCUGGGGAUAAUUAUGGUAGCACCAUUUUAGCUGCAGAACUUACCAUUCAACAAGGUCAUGAACAAAACACGCUCCCAUUAGUGGUGAAACUGGUACCACCAUCUGAAUUCCUUCGUGAAGCAUUUGAUAUAGGAAUUACAUUCAACAAGGAGGUGAAUGCAUACAAGCUUGUAAGCCCACAGUAUAAACAGCUACAGAUUGAAAAAGGAAUACCCGAAAGCAAACUUCUAGACGUAUUCCCAAAGUUUUAUGGCGCUCGUACAAACACACAAGGAAAUUCAAAUGCAAAAGCAGAUAACACAGCGGUUCUUAUUUUGGAGAAUCUAAAAUUAAUUGGGUAUCACACUGGAGAUCGCAGGAAAGGGCUUGACCUGAAGCACAUGGAGCUGGGAGUGAAUAAAUUGGCUCGAUUUCAUGCACUGUCAGUAGCGCUUAAGAUCUUGAAACCAAACACAUUCAAAGAGACAGUUCUGAAAUCUUGUGAUAGGUAUGUCAUAGGCGGGGUAACAGAUGAUGAAGUGGCAGAGAAAUGGUUUAUGUCUACAUUCACUGAUGUGAAAUGUAUUCCUGAAUGUCUGCCAUAUCUGGAAAGGAUAGAAAUGAGUAUGCGAGAGGACUUAAACGAAAAGAGAAACCCUUCACCUCCUCCUCCUAAAGAGCCAUUUGCUGCAUUUGUUCACUGUGACUUCUGGGUGAAUAAUAUGAUGUUCUUGUAUGAAACCGAAGAUAAUGAUGAGAAUCAGCCUUCCAAGAUUAAAACUCCAAUCAAUAUGAAAUUUGUUGAUUUUCAGGUCACACUCUAUGACUCUCCAAUCCGUGAUUUGAUAUUCUUCAUAUAUAGCAGUGCAACAAUUGAUGUAAUAAAGCACCACUGUGAUGAUCUGAUAAGGCUCUAUUAUAAUGAAUUCAUUGACUGUCUCAGUGGUUUGGCAUGUGACACCAAUCCUUUCUCAAUACAAAAUUUUCAAGACGAGCUCAAUACAAAUGCUCCAAAAGAAUUUCACCACCUCCUCUACAUGGCAAAAAUUAUUUCCGCUGAUGAAAGUCAAGUGCCUGAAUUGUCAGAUUGUGACGCUGAUGCAAUGUUCCAAUCCAAUUUUGGUGGUAAAUUUUAUGUGGAAAAAUUCAAAUUUAUUGUAAAGGAUUUUGUACAAAGAGGAUGGCUGUAAUAUCAAAGUUUUCUUCUUCUUCUUCUUCUCUAAACUGUUUACACUUCCAUGGUUUAGCUAUUAAGCAAACCUUUAAAAGUCCCUUUUCCCAUAACCUCAAUCUAGUUUUUGUCUAAGUAAACAUGUAUGUGCUUCAUAUUUCUUCUUACUCCAUGAAGCAAUCUCUGUUGUCAGUUUCUUCAUUAUAUAUUUUCUGUCCACAAUCAUUGAUGCUGUAAGAACAAUAAUUUAGAUUAUCAGCAACUGCGGUAACAGCCUUCCACAUCCUAGGCCCAUUGGCUUGUUACAGUCUCAAAUUUACUUCAAUAUUAUCUUUUUAUGCUUCCCAGAAGUGUUACAGUAUCAUGAUAUACUCUUGUUAUUGUGUUUUUAAUAGCAUUAACACUUGUGUCCUGUACAUAUUCAUUCUUUUUUAACUGACUGGUGCCUUCAGAUGCAGAAAUGUAUACAUUUUAGAAAAUUAAACAAGAUACUUUCAAGCUA